AGGAGGGGGGGGAGUUUGCGCGUGUGAUCAUACAAACGCGCAUCGAUGAAUACAAAUCACGCAGCAGGAGGCCCGAACAGAGCCACAGGGACCGGGCUGAGGAAGGCGACCGGUCCGACGCCGCGGCAAAGCGCCCAAGGCGCAAAGGGGACACUGAUGGAGAAGCCGAGGAGCUUCCGAGGCCGGAUGGGGCCGGAAACAAGGAGGCGGGAUCUUCGGGGGGACUUCGGGGCUGCGGCUGCGGGAGGAUGGGGGGGGGGGGCGGGAAGGGCGGGAGACCGCGGCUUUUUUAAGUUAACAGUUAACGAGGAGGAAGGCUCUGCGGCCGUCCCGCCGGGUGGGAAGGGGCAGGUGGACACAUCCCUUGGACUCUUCGGGCUGUACGUUCUUCCGAGAGCAGAUCCUGCGGGGCAGGGAGCCAGCGCCCGGGCCUCUCUAAGCGCGGACCGAGGAGGGGAGUGGGGGAGGGGGGAAAGAAUGAGCACUGUGGGGGCGGGGGUAGAAGCGAGACCGGGCGGCGGUUGCCUGGAGACGGCGUCGGGACCCGCAGCCUAUUGAGCCCAGAGGGCAGCGAGAAGGAGCUGGAACCUGAUCAUGGCGUCUCGCGGGCGUGAGAAGGCACCUCCGGACCCAGUGCAUCAGAACCAGAUCAUGUGCGAGCUGAUCCGCAAGGAGCUUCGGGCCCAGAAAUUGUACACAGAGUACAACGUGAACCCCCACCACCAAGUUCACAACAUUACCAGAAAGCCCAUGUCCUGGCAUGACAAUGUGGAGGAACCUGCAGAUGCCAAGUUCCUGAAUGUCAUUCACUAUGCUGCUCAGAGACCCAAGAAGAAAUACUCGGAGCCCCAGACCGAGAGCCAGGAAAUCGGCUGGGACUGCGAGCCCUUGGUGAGUGAGCCAGGCAGCCAGGGAUGGCCUUCUGGAAGGCUCCAGAUCUCCCCCUCCCUCCAUUCCCAGCUGACCCCUCACUCUUCUCAGGCCACAGGGCUCCCGAGACACACUGACCCCUCACACUCAGGCCUAGAUAAGAGGUAAGGGAGGCAUGUCAUCCAGAUCUGUGAGGAGUCUCCUUUACAAGCUGGGAGGCAGGGGCUGGCUCUGGUAACUCCGGGCCUCUCCCCACUGACUCCAGCCAGGCUGUCCAGGUGACAAAUGAUAACCUUGCUUAGUAGGAUUUCUAACAAAUAGAUUAAGAGGUUAAACUUAUUUGCAGCAUCAGUUCUAGGAGCCAGCACCUCGCAGCCAGAGACAAAGGGACUAAAGAAAAUGCAAGGGAAAACCAGCAAAGGGGACCCCCCCCCAGAAGCAAUCCCCUCCUCAGCCUCUGUCAGCAGGCUUGCUUCGGUCCCCUUCAGAAGAGGGGAGCCUUGCUUGGGUCACACCCCCACCCCGACAUCUCUAGAUCAGACAUCCUUUGUCCAGUCUCUCAAUGACCUCUAUCAUUUGCCCUUUGGCCCCCCAUGCUGCCCAUCCAUAACCAAGAGAUGAGAAGCAAGACAGAGGAAGCCAGGGAGCCACAA